GCUCUCCUCUCCAGGCUAAAAUUCACCGCGACCAAACCGUCCAAGUCUCGUGCGAAUCACGGCUUGCAGCCGUGCGGUGGCUUCGGGGCUCGAGACAACGACGCUCUCGACCAUCAGCUCCGCUUCCUCGCCAGUGGAGUUGGGUUGAAAUCCCAUCUCGCAUGAAUAGUUGGCGUUUGGGAAGAGAAAUGCGGCCCUCCAGAAGGGCCGCUGCUCUCCUUCCGAAGCGGGGCGUAUCUUCCUCACCGCAGCUCAGCAGGAGAUUAAAGCAAACAGAAAAUGAAAUAGUUCAGAUGUUCAGACUUCCAAGUCUCAGAGAUGACAGCGCAGCCUCACCAGCAACACCAAGGUACGAGCGGUCCGUUCGUGCGCUCGACGAGAGGUUCGUGAGAAUACUGAAGAUUUUUAAGUGGGGAUCGGAUGCUGAGAAGGCCUUGGAGGUGCUGAGGUUGAAGGUUGAUCACCGAUUGGUUCGCGAAGUAAUGAAAACAGAUGUUGAGAUUGGGGUGAAGAUGCAGUUCUUCAGAUGGGCCGCAAAAAGGAGGAAUUUUGAGCAUGAUUCCACCACGUAUAUGGCCUUGAUACAUUGUUUGGAUGGAGCCGGACUGGUAGGCGAGAUGUGGAAAAAUAUCCAAGACAUGGUUAAAAGCAGUUGUAUCAUUACCCCUACCGAAUUAUCUGAGAUUAUUAAGAUCUUGGGGAGGGCAAAGAUGGUGAACAAGGCAUGCUCGAUUUUUUAUCAGAUAAAGACUCGGAAAUGCAGGCCAACUGCACAUGCUUACAAUAGCAUGAUCAUCAUGCUGAUGCAGGAGGGCCAUUACGAGAAGGUGCAUGAGCUCUACAAUGAAAUGUGCAAUGAAGGUAAUUGCUUUCCCGACACUGUUACUUACAAUGCUCUUAUUGCCACUUUCUGCAAGCUGGGUCGUGAGGACUCCGCUAUUAGGCUAUUUGAGGAGAUGAAAGAGAACGGAUUGCAACCCACAGCAAAGAUUUAUACCACUUUGAUGGGCAUGUUUUUCAAGUCAGCAAAUAUUGAGAGGGCUCUGAGUUUGUUCCGUGAAAUGAGAGAUCAAUGUUGUUCCCCAAAUGUCUUUACUUAUACUGAGUUGAUAAAAGGUCUUGGUAAGGCUGGGAGAGUAGAAGAGGCAUAUGACUUCUUUCUUGAAAUGCGGCGGGAGGGCUGUAAGCCAGACACAAUCCUCAUGAAUAAUUUGAUGAACAUUUUGAGCAAGGCUGGGCGUCUGGAUGAUGUCAUUAAGCUUUUCGAGGAGAUGGAAUCUUUGCAAUGUGUGCCAAAUGUGGUUACAUAUAAUACCAUCAUCAAAGCACUUUUUGAAUCAAAAUCUCGUGCAUCAGAGGUUGCUUCCUGGUUCGAAAAACUAAAGGAAAAAGAAAUUGCUCCUAGUGCCUUCACCUAUUCCAUUCUCAUUGAUGGAUUCUGCAAAAGCAAUAGAGUGGAAAAAGCCAUGUUGCUUCUUGAGGAGAUGGAUGAGAAGGGUUUCCCCCCCUGUCCAGCAGCCUAUUGUAGCCUAAUUGAUGCUCUUGGAAAAGCAAAACGGUAUGAAGCUGCCAAUGAGCUAUUUCAGGAAUUAAAAGAAAACUGUGGUUCUUCCACUUCUCGAGUAUAUGCUGUGAUGAUAAAGCAUUUUGGUAAAUGUGGGCGUCUUAAUGAUGCAAUAGAUCUUUUUGAUGAAAUGAAGAAAUUGGGAUGCAGUCCUGAUGUCUAUGCCUACAAUGCCCUCAUGUCUGGAAUGGUAAGGAUUGGCAUGAUAGACGAAGCUCAAACCUUGCUCCGAACAAUGCAAGAACAAGGUUGUGUUCCAGAUAUAAAUUCUCUCAACAUCAUUUUGAAUGGACUGGGAAAAACAGGUGGCCCACACCGAGCAAUGGAGAUGCUUUCGAACAUGAAGAAAUCUAACAUUAAACCAGAUGCUGUCUCGUACAACACAAUUCUUGGUGCUCUAAGCCAUGCUGGUAUGUUUGAGGAGGCAGCUAAAUUGAUGAAAGAGAUGAAGUCAAAGGGAUUUGAAUAUGAUCUCAUUACAUACUCGUCAAUACUUGAAGCCAUUGGAAAAAUUGAUGAUGAACACAUGGACUCAGUUCGUUAAAGACAAUAUGGAAAAAUUGUGAAACACAUACAUAUAAGCAUGUUCAACAAAGUGUUGCCCCCAAAAAAGGGUGCACUUGGUGUUCAAGUUCUGAUAUGGCUGGGAUUCUGAAGUAUGAUUGCUGGAGACAGGUUUGCUCAAUAUUCAUAUUCAACUGCAUCCAAAUAUAAAACUGCGCUGUUUAGAUUGAACAUUGGAAUUAGAAUACCAUUGGACCAAACAGCAUGCAAGGUCGUCCUCCUGAGGCCCUCCGCAUAAUUUGGAUUUUUCUGAAGCGAAAGGUGAAGCUUCACUCGAAGUUUUAAGAUGUUCCAUGGGCAAGUAUAAUUAAAACUUAAUGAUGCCAUAUUCUUGCCUCUCUUAGCCAAGAUUGGAUUCAGAUUCUACUGCAUGCAAAACCUGAAACUAGGAAGCCAGAGUAUUGGGUCAUGGAUGCUUGGACCAAAUCCUAUAAGAUCGCAUCAUCAAACAUGCCCUCAAAGAAUCCAAGGUGGAGUCCUUGCAUCUGCAAACCUUCAUACGAUGUAUAAACCAGAGUCAUUGAUGUGAGACUCGAAAUUCUCACAGCCAGGAGGUUAGGGGCAGCAUAAUUAUGGAAGCGUUCAAACCAAGAGGGCCAUUGUUGAGUUUGAAAGCCUUGCCCUACGCUCCGGGUGUUGGGUCAUUUCAUUAUUUCUCUUCAUGUUGCUCAUGCUGUACAUUUACUCUCUGAUCGAUACUUUCAUAAAGAAUAUAAGUUCCUUUUAUAAAUACAAAAUCAGCAUAAUACA